GGCUUAUCCUUUUUUCUGGAUACUAUUGCAUCUGUAAUCAGGAGAGUCUCUCGUCCUCAGCUUCUCUCUUCUAUGGCGGCAUUCACCUGCAGCUCCCGACCGCCGGUUUCCCUCCGGCCGGAGAUGAGGCUCUCAUCCUCCCCGAGAGCUUCUCUCUCCGCUCGACGGUUGUUCAGCGUGUUGCCGGAAUCAGGAGGCUUAAGGACCCGCCUCUUAUUCUCUCCAGCUUCGUUGACCUUGAAGGGUCCUAGGGUUUCCCGACAACGACGAGGCGUCGUCUGUGAAGCUCAGGACACCGCUACAGACAUUCCAAUCGUCACCGACUCGACGUGGGAAUCGCUAGUUCUCAAGGCUGAUGGACCCGUGCUGGUGGACUUCUGGGCGCCCUGGUGUGGACCAUGCAAAAUGAUCGACCCUAUCGUGAACCAACUGGCUCAGCAGUACACCGGUAAAUUCAAGUUCUAUAAACUGAACACCGACGAUUCUCCUUCGACGCCUAGCCAGUACGGUGUUAGAAGCAUCCCGACAAUCAUGAUCUUCGUCAACGGCGAGAAGAAGGAUACCAUCAUCGGAGCUGUACCCAUUCAAACACUUACCGCCAGCAUCGACAAGUUCUUGCAAUGAAGUAUAUCUCCGUCAGGUCUCUUCUCCCCUUUCCGUCUCUCAGCUCUUCUUAUAGGUAUCUCCUCCUCUCUGCUCUUCUUCUUCCCUCUUCAAUGGCGGUGACUAUCGACUAAUCUUUCAGACUUGGAUGAUGAUAAUGAUAAUAAUAUGAUUAUGUCUAAUUUAUGUUAUGGUUGACCA